AUGAGUGCUUAUGCUGCAUUACAAGAAGGGGGGAUUUUCACAGACGAUGGCCCUAUACUAUACUCCAGGAACUCCUCAGAUGAAGAAGAAGAGGUACCUGAACCACCGGUGCCGGUGAAAAAGACUAGAAAUACCUUUCAUAUGAACAAAGAAAAUGUUAUCUACGAUGAGACCUAUGUGAUAUUGGGACUUAAAGUAGACGAAUCCAUAACGCUAUCGGGCCAAUUCGAACUCAUCAUAGAAAGAGGAGCUAUAUUAAUUAACGGAGUGAGCUAUUAUCAUGCACCACAGAAAUUCAAAAUCAUACAGCCAGCAUUAAGCAGUUUUCCAGUCAUCUCAAGUACUCAAGUGAUAAAUACUGAUGAAGUUAGAGAUAUAAAAACAGAUAAAAACGACCAUUUAUUCACCAGUGAUUAUAAAUCAGUUGUGAGAUUGAACAGUUUGACCACAGGGUUAGAAAAUAUAGGAAAAUAUCACCUUCCUUUCAAGAACCUAUUCAAACAUGAUGAAGAGUCAUCUUUCAGUGAUUAUAGUUUUGAUAUUUCCUUUCAAAACUUGGAAGCUAUUCAGUAUGAUAAACAGCUUGUCAAAUCCAUAGAUGGAAUUGUUGACAUCAUUGAACCUUCAAGUUUCAUUACCAUUGGUAAUAAAAACUCAGGAAAAUCUACCGUACUGAAACUACUUAUCAAUAAAUUGGUAGAAGGGUCACCUGUCAGUGUUUUGGACCUUGACCCUGGUCAAUCUGAAUACUCCAAACCUUACUGUUUAUCAAUCACAAACCAUUAUGAACCGAUUUAUGGAUAUAAUUAUCAUGUUGAUGAGGAUGACUUGAACUAUUUCUAUGGUUUUACUACACCUCAGAAUAAUCCAGAUUCUUACUUUACCAUUAUAGAGCAUUUGUACACUUACUACAUGAACAACCUUAAACCUCGAGGAUUCCAUCUUGUCAUCAAUACUCCAGGCUGGGUUAAAGGGUAUGGUAAGGAGCUAUUGAUCCGUAUAACGAAGUUGAUCAACCCGGAUAAUUUGAUUCUUCUAUCUUCAAAUAACAAUGACUUACUUGAAGGUUUGACAUUCAAGAAUCUCGUUGUGGGUAAAGGAUAUUUUAAUCAAUCGAAAUAUUCACCUUCAGAGAUUAGAAACUUUAAUAAACUUGUUUACUUCCAUAAGAAAGGUGACCAGUUCUUAUUUGAACAUCAUCUACUUGAAAAUUCACCGUUAAGAAUCUCCUACCAAACCAAUAUUGACGAUACUUCGUUCAUAGGAGUCAAUGCAGUUUCUGUGCUCAAUUAUGAUGAUAACUUGAAUGAUUUGCCGGUGAUGUUGGAUUGUUCGAUAGUAGGGUACUACCUUGUCGAUAAUGAACACUUCCAAACGAACAAAUCAUUGUUACAAUCAGAUUCCAUGGUGUAUAUCACACCCCAUGAUCUCGAGAAGUUCAUGGAAUAUAACACCAAUGUAGUGUUUGGAGGUAUUUGCAUGAUCCACAGUAUCAAUACCGUUAACAAGCAUUUCAAUAUCUACUUCCCCUACAACGAAGAGGUUUCUAAAAUCCAAAAAUCCCUUGAACAAGGCUAUAAACUUCUCAUAGUAAAGGGAGAGAGUGAUAUUCCUACCAGUGAGAUUCUAAUGCCAAAAUUACUCGAAAACUUCCAACAAAAAUAUAAGAAAGCUCACAAGAACAACCAACAACUCCCCAGUCUUCCAUACGUCAGCUACAAUAACAAGAUCAAUGGAGUUUGGAAGGUCCGUAGAAAUAUCAUGAGAAGAGGUCAACAAUAG